GGAGAUCAAAGCGAAGCAUCAAGAGGGCCGGUGACAGGAGGGAGGGACGGAGGGCUUCACCCAGCAUCUCGGGAAAAACAAUGGCAAGUAAGACCAUGGCAGCAGCAGCAGCUCCUGCUUUCCAGUGCAGAGAUUAGCCAAUAGGACUUCAGAAGAGCAACAAAAGAAAAUGCAAGGAAAGAGCUUUCCCUUCAGGCUUCUUGAAUGAAGAGGCAAGGAAAUGCACUUUGCAGCAGAAAAGUAAGAACUUGGUUGUUCAAGACAUCAGUCAAGGAGAAGACGACCAAAAGCUCUUGCCCAAAAUGAAUUAUAGCACAUCCACUGCGAACACUUUGUACCACAGUGGCCCUCCCACUUCCGAGCCAGACCAUGGGAUGACCGUGGACGGGGCUGGAUCAGAAACUGCUACGCUGACACCUGAAACCAGCAGUUUUAACAGCACCAAAAUCCCAGAUGUGGCUGGCAAUGGUUCUGGCAUGGGGACCAUGCUGUUGUCCUUCGGCAUCAUCACUGUGAUUGGGUUGGCUGUUGCUAUGGUUUUAUAUAUCAGGAAGAGAAAACGACUAGAGAAGUUGCGACAUCAGCUCAUGCCCAUGUACAACUUUGAUCCUGCUGAAGAACAGGAUGAGCUGGAACAAGAGCUGUUGGAACAUGGCAGAGAUGCUGCUUCUUUGCAGGCUUCACAGAAUAAGACAAAUCAAGGGGUGCUCCAGAGACCUAGUCGCCUUGUGUUUACAGAUGUUGCAAACGCCAUCAAUGCAUGAGCAGUGCUUCCUCAGUCUGAGAGGCAGGAGGGUGACACCAGCCAGCUAGCAACUUGCUACGGACAGUGACCAUUGAUUCCAGCUGGGGAAGAUGGUGCCAGGAACCAAUGUGAAGCCUUUCGGGAAUCUGUUGCCACCAAGAAGCCCAUGCUACUUCACUCAGAGCUUGAUUGGUAAUGCCAAUACCAAGCUGUGUGUGCUGAAAAGUGCAAGGUUAUUUGAGAUAAAUUGAUAAGAACAUGCACUGUGACAGGCUAGAGUUAGGAACGAGAGCAUCAGUUUCUAAGGCCUUCCUCCAUUGGGUGGUUGU